AUGCUCGUCCCAAAGGAUCCAAAAAAGCUCAUCUGCACCCUGACUGCAUCUACACCGAGGAACAAGCAUGUCGGUUGCCCUCCACCGCUUGGUGGACUAAUCGCGAGGACGGAAGCGUCUUUACUUACACCGCCACGCCGGGCCUCAUCGCCGCAGAAACAGAACGAGAAACGGCUGCGUCGUGGGGCGAAUCGCGUGCCUUGA